GGGCGAGUCGCUCGGAGCCGUCGCAUCCCGGAGUGUAGGGGUAUAGGAGCUAUGCCUCGCUCCAGUGAUAAUCUCUGGGACCUUGCAGUAGCAGAGGUGCAGAGGAAGGAAAAUUCUGAAGAUGACACUGAGGCAUCUGCUGAUUCGGAGAGAUCUGUAUUCUUUAUAGGCAACAAAAAUGGGGGAAAGACAACGAUUAUUCUUCGUUGCAUUGACAGAGAUGAAGCACCUAAACCAACCCUAGCAUUAGAAUACACCUUUGGUAGGAGGGCAAAGGGGCACAAUACGCCAAAGGACAUUGCUCAUUUUUGGGAACUAGGAGGGGGACUAUCUCUAAUGGAUUUAAUAAAUAUACCCAUCACCAUUGAGAACAUUAGGACAUUUUCUAUAGUACUUGUUCUUGAUCUUUCAAAGCCCAAUGAACUGUGGCACACAAUAGAGAAGCUCUUACCAAUUACUAAGAACCACGUAGAUAAAAUUAUAGCUGAUAUUGGGAAAUCCAACUCUAAGGCAGCCAAUCAGAUUGUGCAAAAUGUCUGGAGAAGUUUUCCAAAUAACCAUCCGGAUCUCGAAUCUGAAAAACGAAAAAUUAUAUGCAAAACUCUUCGAUUUGUAUCCCAUUUUUAUGGAGCCUCUCUUUUGUUCACAGCAAGACUGAAUCCCAUAAAGGAGUUAUGCGUUUGUUUGUGAAUCACUUGGCCUUUGGACAAGAUAAAAGCAAACUUGUGUCAGUUGAUCACAACAAGCCGCUGGUCAUUCCAGCUGGAAUGGAUUCCUUCAGUCAGAUUGGAUCACCCCCUGCAUCCGAUAGUGACCUGAGGCAGAUUCACGUGCGCACCCCCAUGGAGUUAUGGAAGAAGAUUUAUGAAAGACAUUUUCCUGCCAUGAAAACAGAUGAUGUCAAAGAUAUAAAGGACCCAGCAAAAGAUCCACAGUAUGCAGAAAGGGAUGUUGAUGCUAUGAGGAUCCAAAAGGAUCAGGAACUUGAACAAUACAAAAGAAAUGCUGAUAAAUCCUGGAAGUCGAUGUCCCUUGGAUCUCAUACAUGA